UUUAAAACGAAAUAUUUUGCUAAAUCAAUAAUUUCAAGUUUUUUAUGCAUUAAUUUCAGUGGUUUUCAUUUUGUCUCCCCUUCCCACUACCAGAGCUGGUAAUAUUUUCUGGCUUGUUCUGGCACAAAAGUUGUUUUGAAGUUAUUUCCUGUACUCAUGUCGGUUUUUGGAAAGUUAUGUUAUAAAAACACGACUUUAAAAAAAGUUAUACAAAAAUUAGUUGAAGUUGUGUUUACCACUUCACAAAACAAUAUGAGUUGGAAAAAUAAAUUGAAAACGGGUAUUUGGAAAAUAUGAUUUGAAAGAAAUCGCCCAAGGAUGCUGUUUUGCAUACUUGCUGCAGGUUUAUUCCUUUGAGGAACAUUCAAAGGGACUUUGCUUGAUUGAUGACCUGGCAGAAAUUUUGAGCAUGUCAAAACUCUCCACUGUUCUGGUGCCUAAAAUUUGAUUACUCCUCAUCUAGGAAAAUUUCUCUUCCUCCACACACGAUCUUAAAAUCACGGACACGUGAUACUACACAGAUAUGAAAUUUCUAAAAAUAUAGGAUACAUCAUGUGGGAAUACGCAAAAUAUAUAAUUUUCAGUCACGAAUUCAGUUUUUGGAAUCUCAAUUGCAAGCUGCAGGCGUGCCCGUUGAUCCAGUUGUUGCACCCUCAAACCCAUUACAUAGGCAACAGGUUGAGGAUUCACUUAGUAGUCAUCCCACUGUUCAGCCAAUGUCACAUCAACAACAAUCUCAUGCAUUUUCAUCCCAAGAGGUUCACCUUUCAAAGAAAGAGAAGAAGAAGAACUAACAAGAGAGGUUGCAGUCAAAGGGGUGGGCAAUCUGUUGAACCAUUAAGAAGGAGGUUUCUAAGAGAGGGUAAUCUAUGCAAACCCCACUCUGAUGGGGGCUUACUGAUCAUGAUCGUGCCGAUGUUAAGUGAACUGAGGUUCGUCAGAGAACUCCAAUUGGAGACAAUUCCUGUAGGGGAUUUCCAUACUUUCAGCACUUGAAGAGAACUGAGGUUGUAUGGUAGGGCCUC